AUGCACCCUCAGUUUGCAAUUGUUGGAUUCGGUUCUCUGCAGGCGUUCACUCCGCAGAGCUACAUCGCCACCGCCACGAUCGACGCCGUCGCCAUCUUGGCCACGGCCGUCGUCUUUGCCCUGACUGUCUUCUUCCUGAUCUCGAGCAAGGACGAUGGUGAUAGCGAGCCUAAGCUCCUCAAGCUUCCCAUCAUCGGCGACCUGCACAGCUCGCCCGUUGGCAAGCCUCUUCAGAACUGGGAUGGCUGGUCCAAGGCCAAGGUCGCCAGUGCCACGCCCAAGCUCUUCGCCAUCAUGCCCACUGUCGUCAUCAGCACCAGCGAGGCCGCGGCGAAGCUCCUGAGCAAGCAAAGUGCCUGGUGCAGCAACGGGCCCAGCUCCGUCAGCGUCGAGAUGAUCACUGGCGCCGCGCCUGGCCAGUUCAAGUCCGUCCUCAUGCACGACAUGGAAGAUCACAUCCGUCUCCAUCACCGCAUCCUCGCCCCAAGCCUUGGCCCCAUCGCCGCCCCCAAGUACCAGCCUGAUAUACAGCUUGAAGCCAAGCAGCUGCUCAUGGACAUGCUCGCCCUUCUCGAGCACUCGGAUGACAAGAACGUCGUCCAGAGCGCCCCAGUCUACCCCUUGCUGGAGCGCACCCAGGCGAGCAACAAUCUCGCCCUGCACUACGGUCUUCGGGUCCCAACCGUCGGGUCCCCCAUCUACCACGAGAUUGUCGAGAUUCAGAAAAAGGUCACCCAUACCGCUGCCAACCCGGGCAUUCCCGACUUCAUGCCCGCGCUCCGCCACCUCCCCACUGCGCUGUCCCCUUGGAAAAGGGCUGCCGACAAACUGUACGAGGAGCAGACAUGGCUCUACAUGAGGCUCCUGGAGCAUGGUGACGAGGCCGAGGGCUGGAAAGCAACGAAGCAGGCGUGGACUGUCGUGGCCAAGCAUACCCCGGACGGCAUCCCCGACAUUGAUCUCGCGUACACGCUGGCCACAAGCAUUCAGGACGGCAUGAAGACCAGCCCCGAGCCCUCCUGUGGUCGGCCGCGACCGUCUUCCUACCUUCGCCGACCGCCCGCAGCUUGCCUUUAUCGACGCCGUCGUCCCAGAGCUGAUGCGCUGGCGGCCUAUUUCCCCGAGAAGCAUCCCGCGGCGCGCCGACCGGGCCGACGAGUUCAAAGACGGAACCCCGAGGCCUUUACGACCGAGCUUGGCGAGCUGGAAAGGUUCAUCCCCGAGCGCUGGCUCCAGGGAGAGUGGAUGGACGAGGACGUCACCUUGCAAGGCGAGGUUCGCACGUCCCUGCGCCUGCCGGUCUUUGGCCAGGGCCGGAGGAGCUGCAUGGGGAAGAGGGUCGCGCUGGAUGGCAGCUUCAUGCAGGUGGCGGCCAUGCUCUGGCCGUUUGACGCUGAGCCGGUCGACGAGAUCGAUGACCUGGAAAUGGUCAUCGUUGGCUUCAUGACCGAGACCGAGCCCAAGCCGUUCAGGUUGAGGCUGAAGCCGAGGGUUGACUGGGUGCGAGAAGUUGUGGGCAGGGAGUAUGCCAGUGCGGACAAGGACUUCUGCAGUGUCCUGGGUGCCGUGAUUGACGUUGAAGGUGAAUAG